AUGGCUGAUGCGAAAAGAUCAACAAUAACGACAACUAAUAGCAGCAGCGGUGGCGGUAGCGGCAGCAGUAGCAGUAACAGCGGAAGUACCAGCAAGUCUCGCAAAUCCAAAACCGAUUUGAUUCGCAGCCUUGUCGGAUCCUAUCUGAAAGCGCGCAACUACAGUGUUAACGACCGUUAUCGAAAGUCGGAUCUCAUCCUCACGCAAUCAACUGAGCAAAUUGUGAUGAACACUGCCAUCAAAAACGAUACAUCGAUGGUGAACAGUUUUCUGUACUCCAACAUCUGCCUAAACUCAAACAUAACCCAAGUGGAAGCCCAUUUUGCCAACUUCGCCAAGUUUGUACGAAACCAACCGGAACCGAUGCGUACGGAAUUGAAUGAGAUUAUCCCACCGCUGCUAUGCCAUCUGUAUAUCGAGAUGUUGAAGGUGGUUACUUGGCGAUCGGCAAUCGAGUUUCUGCGCAAACAUGCACCGUUGGUGGGCAGGGUGGAACCCACCACCGGUCCGGCUGGUUCAUCGCCGCUGCUCAUGUUGAACCAGCAGAAACUAAACGGCACCAUUGACGGUUUGCCGCUCGGAGCAGAUGUGAGUUCGCUAAUGCCAUCGGCAACUAUGCACAGUUCCGCCAUUGUUUUCUCGCCCGUACGGUUCCAAGAUUCGACACGUUUCGAAUCGUACCGAAGAUUGAUCCAUAAACUGUCACAAAUUGCACGGUUUCAGGACUGCGAAAGUGAACCACUGUUGGUGCAGUUUCGCUCCUGUCAAACGCAAUUACGUUUCCGUUCCGAGUCUAUUGCUGCCAUGCGCCAGUACUUGGCCAAACAUGGCCAUUCGCUUAUACUGCAAACGUUGCGCACGUGGUUCUACUUCGAUACGGUCGACGACAAGAACUUUGUAGACUGUCAGCCGGACACUUCUGCAGCUAUUGCCCAACUGAAUUCCACGAUCGGGCGUUCACUAGCAGUUCGAUUGAACUCCUCGAACGGGCAGCUAAACGGUAGCAGCCUACCGAUGGAAUUAGACGAAACCGGACCGGAAGAUGUAUCGAAACGAACCGUACCAGAGUAUGAUUUCACCGAACAUAACGAACGUGAAAACGAACGCUAUCUAUUGCUGAAUGGUUUUAAUGCCCGAUAUUUGCGCUACAAAAUGCUUGAUGCGGAGAACGGUACGAUCACGAACGAUCGGAUCGGUUCGGCAAUACUCGGCGAAGAUGAAGAUGAGGACGAAUAUGGUAAUUGUAUUAAGGACCCGCAAGCCUCCCAAAGUGGAAUUUCGGAACAGCAGCAACAAAACGAUCCGGUUACUGGUAGCAUUGGUAUGGAUGGAAUGUUCCCGCGAAUGGACAGUCAGGAACGGUUGCGAAGGUUGCAGGAAAGUGCAGAAAAGUUGUCUAUGUAUCAGCGGCCACUGUGCGUGUACAGCUUAGAAAACGUUGGUCAACAGCUGACGAGUAUGGCGAUCGAUGCCGGUUGCUGCCAUGUUGCGAGCGGGUUCGAAGACUCCACCAUUAUGCUCUGGUCGACCAACCGUAGCACUCAGAUGGGCCGCAAACCGUAUGCCAACUUUCGCGACCGGCAAUGCUGUUGGAAUGUGACUUCCUGUGAUAGUAGAUUUAGUGAAUCGGAUGAAUCCGAUGAUGAAGGUGCAGAUGGUGGAAACGGUACGGACGAGUCGGAGUAUCGGAUAGCGGGAGGGGACAGAAACCGCCAAGACGGCACGUCACUGCUGGACGAUGGAAUAGAUAGUAUGUUCGAUUUGCGUAAACCGGCUGAUAUCAAACGGGCGAAUAAGUUGCUACCGCCGCAUAAACGGCGCCUUACCAAACGGGAACGCUGGAAGCAAUUUCUCGACAAUCGCUGCUUGGAAAACACUUUCUCCGAAACUGGUGGAUUGUCUUUGCGCGGACACGGCAAUGCCGUCACGGAUCUUCUCUUCUCCGAAUUCAGUCCGCUGCUGGUAAGCGUUUCUCGGGAUUGUACCAUGCGCGCUUGGACGGGUAGUGACUAUACGUGCCGAGCAAUAUACCGCGGACACAAUCAUCCCAUAUGGUGUGUCGCGGAAAGUCCUACCGGGCUGUAUUUUGCUACCGGUUCACGGGACUCAACCGCUCGCUUGUGGUCUACCGAUCGUCGGUUUCCACUGCAAAUGUACGUAGGCCAUACGCAGGAUGUCGAUACAGUGGCAUUUCAUCCUAACGGGAACUAUUUAGCCACCGGUUCGACCGAUCUGUCCGUGCGGUUGUGGUGUGUUACCACAGGGAAAUUAUUGCGUAUCUUUACUGACUGUCGGCAACCGGUACAGAGGAUAUGCUUUAGCCCUGAUGGAAAAUAUCUUGCUGCGGGAGGGGAGGAGAAUCGAGUGCGCAUUUUCGACCUAACGGCCGGUUCGCAGCUGACAGAGCUGAAAGAUCACACAGCGGCCAUUACUUGCAUCACAUGGAGCAAGGACAGUGGUCAUUUCGUUUCGUCUUGUGCGGAUGGCACGAUACGAAUCUGGGAUGCGAAGCGCAUGUUACUUCCCUCAUCAUCCUCUUCUUCCUCCACUUCCACCACGUCCAAUGCAUCGACUACGUCGAUGCAAAUGCCCACACGGGAACUAUCGUCCACUUCAGGGCGAAGCAUCAAUUUCGCUACACUUAACAAUGGUACCACCACCAAUCCAAAGAUGAACAUCACAACUAAUCCACAGCAACAAGCGACUCCUGCUGGGAGUAGUGGUAGAAGUGGUACAGGAUUGACGUCGCAACAGCUGCAUCAUGCUACGGGCAAUGUGGCAUCAUCAGGGUUACCUCCAAACGCACCGAUGUCGUCGUUGGGCGCCGCUAGUUCCGUCAAUAGCAAUAAUCUCCUGCUCGCAUACUCAACCGGUUGUCGGCGAAUUUAUCGACUGCACUAUAAUAAGCUUAGCGGUGGAUUAUCGUGUUUAGGAAGUAGUUAA